AUGGGCGACAAGAGUGGGCAGUCUGCCCUACGCACCUAUAAAUCCCUUGAUGAGGAGGGCCUCUUGGGCUCUGCAGAGCUGCCCAAAAGACCCACGGGGAGCCUGGUUAUGCACAGCAUGGCCAUGUUCGGCCGGGAGUUCUGCUAUGCGGUGGAGGCGGCCUACGUGACUCCAGUGCUGCUCAGCGUGGGCCUGCCCAAGAGCCUGUAUAGCAUGGUGUGGCUCCUGAGCCCCAUCCUGGGGUUCCUGCUGCAGCCCGUGGUGGGAUCGGCCAGCGACCACUGCCGGGCCCGGUGGGGCCGCCGGAGACCCUACAUCCUCACGCUGGGCGUCAUGAUGCUCCUGGGCAUGGCCAUGUAUCUCAACGGGGACGCGAUCAUAUCAGCUUUGAUUGCUGACUCAAGGAGGAAGCCGAUCUGGGCCAUAAGUAUCACCAUGAUAGGUGUGGUUCUCUUUGAUUUUGCUGCUGACUUCAUUGAUGGGCCCAUCAAAGCCUACUUGUUUGAUGUCUGCACUCAUCGAGAUAAGGAGAGGGGCCUCCACUACCAUGCACUCUUCACAGGUUUGGGAGGUGCUCUCGGUUACCUUUUGGGCGCCAUCGACUGGGCCCACUUGGAACUGGGAAGACUGCUGGGCACGGAAUUCCAGGUCAUGUUCUUUUUCUCCUCACUGGUGCUCACUUUGUGUUUCAUUAUCCACCUGUGCAGUAUCCCUGAAGCCCCACUUACAGAUGUUGCAAAGGACAUUCCCCCACAGCAAGCCCCCCAGGACCUUGCCUCAUCAUCAGACAAAAUGUACGAGUAUGGGUCUAUUGAGGAAGUAAAAAAUGGUUACGUAAACCAAGAGUUGGUGCUGCAGGGAGGAAAAGCCAAAAAUCCUGCUGAACAGACUCAGAGGACAAUGACCUUGAGGUCACUGUUGAGGGCCUUGAGGAGCAUGCCCCCUCAUUACCGCUGCCUUUGCAUCAGCCACCUCAUUGGAUGGACUGCCUUCCUAUCCAACAUGCUCUUCUUCACAGACUUCAUGGGCCAGAUCGUGUACCACGGGGAUCCCUACGGUGCCCACAACUCCACAGAGUUCCUCAUCUACCAAAGAGGGGUGGAGGUUGGAUGCUGGGGCUUGUGCAUCAACUCUAUGUUCUCCUCGCUUUAUUCUUACUUUCAGAAAGCUUUGGUUCCCUGCAUUGGAUUAAAGGGUCUUUACUUUAUGGGGUAUUUGCUGUUUGGCCUGGGGACAGGAUUCAUCGGGCUCUUCCCGAGCGUCUACUCCACCCUGGUCAUGUGCACUUUGUUUGGAGUGAUGUCCAGCACCCUGUACACGGUACCCUUUAACCUCAUCGCUGUGUAUCACCACGAGGAGCAGAAGCAACGGGCCCUGGGCGGGGGCCCGGACAGCAGCAGCAGAGGGCAAGGCCUGGACUGUGCUGCCCUCACAUGCAUGGUGCAGCUGGCUCAGAUCCUGGUUGGAGGUGGCCUGGGCCUUCUGGUCAACACGGCCGGCAGCGUCGUCGUCGUGGUGAUCACGGCCUCUGCGGUGGCACUGAUUGGCUGUUGCUUUGUGGCUCUCUUUGUUAGAUAUAUGGAUUAG